AUAAAAAUUGUGAGAAUUUGUAACAGCAUUUUACAAAGGCGUUGCAAUUGGAGAAGAAACAGUGGAUUACUCCUUUUUGAAAUGAAACGAGCACGACGAUGUUAAACUGAUUCAUUUCAACGCGCGCUCUCUCUCUCUCUCUCUCCCUCUCUCUGAAACCCCCCCCCAAAAAAAAACAAUUGCUCUGUUUUGGCUUCGCUAUGAGCUCAAGCGAUGGGAAUAGACAACGAGGUUCAUCAUCCACAACGGUGGAGCGUAAAUCUCAAUGUAAAACACUUUUCUUUUUGACAUACCAGAGUUUGGGUUUUCUGUUUGGUGACAUCAGCCUCUCCCCUCUUUACGUCUAUCAAAGUAUAUUUUCUGGAAGACUGAAACAUGUUCAAAAUGAGGAUGCAAUAUUUGGCUCAUUUUCUUUGAUUUUUUGGACUCUCUCACUUAUUUCUCUGUUGAAAUAUGCUGUUUUCAUGUUGAGUGCAGAUGAUAACGGCGAAGGGGGAACUGUUGCUUUGUAUUCACACCUUUGCAGAAAUGCAAAAUUUUGCUUGCUUCCUAAUCAUCAAGCAUCUGAUGAGGAGUUAUCUACAUAUCGCAAACCUGGUUACUCAAAUAGAAAUAUACCACCAUCAUCUUUGAAAAGAUUCAUUGAAAAACAUAAGAACACAAAAAUUGUUUUGCUUAUUUUUGUUUUACUUGGUGCUUGCAUGAUAAUUUGUGUUGGUGCACUCAUGCCUGCUAUUUCAGUUCUUUCAUCUGUUGAAGGGUUGAAAAUCGAAGCGAAGAUUAAAAAUAAUAGCAUGGUUCCUCUUAUUUCUUGUGUUCUACUGGUUGGACUCUUUGUUCUGCAACACCGUGGCUCCCACACGGUUGCCUUCAUGUUUCCUCCUAUAAUCAUCCUAUGGCUACUGUCCAUUUUCAUGAUUGGCAUUUACAAUGUCAUCAAGUGGAAUCCAAGAAUAUAUCAGGCCUUUUCUCCAUAUUAUAUAUACAAAUUCUUUUGCGUUACAGGAAAAGAUGGUUGGAUUAAUCUUGGAGGGGUAUUUUUGUGUGUUACAGGGACUGAAGCUAUGUUUACCGACCUUGGUUACUACAAACAAGUGCCUGUAAGGGUUGCAUUUUCUUGUGUCGUUUACCCGUGUCUAAUUCUUCAGUACAUGGGGCAGGCUGCUUUUCUAUCAAAGAAUUUAUCGGCGGUACCUAUAAGCUUUUAUGCUUCUAUUCCAGAUGUCCUCUUUUGGCCGGUAUUUGUGGGGGCUUCUUUGGCAGCAAUAGUUGCAAGUCAAGCUGUCAUCUCUUCGACAUUCUCAAUUGUUCAACAAUGUCAUGCAUUUGAAUGUUUCCCUCGUAUUAAAGCAGUACAUUCCAGAAGGUGGCUCAAUGGUCAGAUAUUUAUACCAGAGCUAAACUGGGUUCUUAUGAUAAUCAGCCUGGCUGUGACGGUUGGGUUUGGAGACACAAGUCAUAUAGGAUAUGCAUAUGGGAUUUCAUGUCUGAUUGUGGCGUUUGUGACCACAUGGUUGACUUCACUCGUCAUCAACCUUGUAUGGCAUCAAAGUCUUGUAGUCUCUAUGGCAUUUCUCUUAUUCUUUGGUUCGAUAGAGGCCCUCUUUCUUUCAUCUUAUUGCAUGAAAAUCCCAAAAGGUGGAUGGGUUCCAAUUGUGCUCUCUGUAGCCUUCAUGGUUGUUAUGUAUGUGUGGCAUUAUGGUUCUAAAAAAAAGUAUUUCUUUGAUAUGCAUAACAAAGCUUCAAUGAGGGAGAUCCUUACAUUGGGUCCUAGUCUUGGGAUUGUUAGGGUUCCAGGAAUGGGCCUUAUCUAUACUGAAUUGGCUACUGGAGUCCCUGCCAGUUUCACUCAUUUCUUGACAAAUCUACCAGCUUUCUACCAGGUUGUUGUUUUUGUUUGUGUUAAGACUGUGCCUGUGCCUUCUGUGCCCCAUGCAGAACGCUAUCUCAUUGGCCGAAUUGGUCCAAAAUCCUAUCGGUUGUAUCGAUGCAUUGUUCGAAAUGGUUACAAAGAUGCUUAUAGCCAUGAAAUUGAUUUUGAAAAUGAACUGGUGAUGAGCAUAGCAGAGUUCAUUCAAUUGGAAGCUGAAGGUUGUUCUGGAAACCUAGAUGGUUCUGCGGAUGGCCGUAUGGCGGUCGUUAGGACGUCUGGGAAAUUUGGAACAAGAUUGCGAAUGUCAGAAUCUUAUGGUGUUGAAGAAGGCGACAGUAGUAAUAUUCCUGGUGCUUUGACUGUUGCUAGCAGUAAAUCUCCCACAUUGAAGAAGCUGCAGGCCACAUAUGAGCAAGAAUUACCUGAACUCAACACUAGACGGCGGAUUAGAUUUGAGGUUCUAAAUACAAUAUAUAGAGAUCCCCGUGUUAAGGAAGAGCUCAUGGAACUUGUGGAAGCCAAACGUGCUGGAGCAGCAUAUGUAAUAGGUCAUUCUCAUGUAAAGGCCAAGUGGAACUCUUCGUUUGUGAAGAAGUUUGCUGUAAACCUCUACUCUUUUCUUCGAAAAAAUUGUCGCUCUCCUUCUGUUGGACUAAAUAUUCCCCAGACUUGUCUGAUUAAGGUAGGAAUGAAUUACCAUGUGUAGCAUUUAGAUGCUGAAAAUAUCGUGACUGGGGAUGUGAUGUAUGCAAGCGAGAAAAAAUGCUACCUGGGCUUACACAAUCAGAUAGAUUAUGCUACUUUGGUAUAUUCAACUGAUAUGGAUCUCAUUCGAGAAUGUCCUCUUGGCAUGUUGGAAGAAAAAGAGCUGCAUCUAAAUUGCCAAGAUUUUUUUUUGACUUUAUGAUGGCGCUGACAAGUUAUGUGAAUUACUAAUUUGUUGGAUUAGAAGUUAUAUUGGGGAUCCUUUACCUGUUAUUUGUUUGAGCUUCCCAAAUUACACUUAGAGUCACGCCUGUCUUAAGUCUAGUUUUGUUAAAAUAUUUUGCAUCUAGCGCUGCGUUUGUACUUGUACGGAAAUUUCUUUGCCAUUUUUGUAAUCGUCCUCAGCAUCAGCAAAACAAGGAAAUGAUCUUUACUCAGAAAGAAUGGAAAUUAUACAUGAAUAUAGACCUGUCAUUUGUCCCAGCAGCAUCUAGAUGGUGGAUUUGAAUUUUUGUUCUAUUGAUUUAUUUAUGUUGCCAACUUUAAAAUUCAUCUUUUAUUUAUUCUGUACUCUCAAA